UUCCCACAGCGGCCCGCUCCGCUCCCUCAAGCCCCGCCCCACACUGAGCCAACCAACGGACGCUCAUCGGAGUGACUUCACCUCCCCCUCCCAAGCGCCUGAACCAGCCGACCACGCCCCUUCGCCGUUAAGGCAGUAGCUUCAUGAUGACGUAAAGAUGCUGACGCAGAGCUCGCGCCGCGCUAGCUCGUUGACGGGGGUUUGUUGCCACAGCAGUUAUGUGGGGCGGAGCUGAGUUGCCGGAGCCGCUCGAGCCGCUAACGGGCGGGUGAGGCCAGCGAGACCGAUGCAAAGUGCGGAGGGUCCAGGCGAUGGACAGGUGGCGGCCGGGCGGAGAGUCUGCACCGCGGGCACCCAGACCGACAGCGUGUCAGGUCAAACACCAAGGCUUUCCAAAGUAAAUCUUUUCACUUUGUUCAGUCUCUGGAUGGAACUAUUUCCCCCAGUUGAACAGCAAAAGAAAUCGCAGGUAAAGAAGACUGGCCUGGUCGUAGUGAAAAAUAUAAAAAUGGUUGGUCUACAUUGCUCCAGUGCAGACUUACAUGCUGGUCAAAUUGCUCUGAUUAAACAUGGAUCAAGGCUUAAAAACUGUGAUCUUUAUUUUUCCAGAAAACCAUGUUCAACUUGUUUAAAAAUGAUUGUAAAUGCUGGAGUGAACAGAAUUUCUUAUUGGCCUGCAGAUCCUGAAAUAAGUUUGCAGAAUGAAGCCUCCAACCCUACCAGUACUGAAGAUGCAAAGCUAGAUGCCAAAGCAGUAGAAAGAUUGAAAUCAAAUAGUCGAGCUCGUGUGUGUCUCUUGCUUCAGCCUUUAGUGUGUGAUAUGGUGCAGUUUGUAGAGGAAACCACCUACAAGUGUGAUUUCAUUCAAAAAAUUGCAAAAACUCUGUCUGGGUGUAACACUGACUUUUAUACUGAGUGUAGACAAGAAAGAAUAAAGGAGUAUGAAAGUUUAUUCCUAAUUUCAAAUGAAGAAAUGCACAAGCAAAUAUUGAUGACUAUGGGUCUGGAGAACCUCUGCGAAAAUCCAUAUUUUAGCAAUCUUAGGCAAAAUAUGAAAGAUCUUAUCCUGCUUUUGGCCACAGUAGCUGCCAGUGUCCCUACCUUCAGCCAUUUUGGAUUUUAUUGUAAUGGAUCGCAACAGACAAAUGACAUGCACUAUCAAAGCUUGCCCCAAGAAAUUGCAAGGCACUGUAUGAUACAAGCCAGGUUACUGGCGUACCGAACUGAGGAUCACAAAACAGGUGUGGGAGCUGUUAUUUGGGCAGAAGGAAAAUCUAGCUGUGAUGGAACAGGAGCCAUGUAUUUUGUAGGCUGUGGUUAUAAUGCCUUUCCUGUUGGAUCUGAAUAUGCUGAUUUUCCACACAUGGAUGAUAAACAAAAAGACAGAGAAAUCAGAAAGUUCAGAUACAUCAUACAUGCUGAACAGAACGCCUUGACAUUCAGGUGUCAAGAAAUAAAACCAGAAGAGAGAAGCAUGAUUUUUGUGACAAAAUGUCCCUGUGAUGAAUGUGUGCCUUUAAUCAAAGGUGCUGGCAUCAAGCAAAUCUAUGUAGGAGAUGUAGAUGUUGGAAAGAAGAAAGCAGACAUAUCAUACAUGAAGUUUCGUGAACUUGAAGGCGUUAGCAAAUUUACGUGGCAACUAAGCCCAUCCCACACUGAUGUUCAUGAGCCCACAGCCAGAGAAAAUGGCGUACAGAAAACACAAUCACUAGAUGAACAGCAGCACCAGAGCAAGAAACUCUGCCUUGGAAACCAUUGAGCAACUAAGUACGAAACAAGCAAGGUCUCUGCAGAUUCUCCAUAGCACUUUUAUAAUCCAGCCUGUUUGUACUAGCAAAUAAGGAUGGGUUUUAUUUAUUGAUUGCUUGAAAAGAGAUUUUUUAGAAUAAGUUUAUUUAUGAUGUCUUAAAUGUUUUAUAGCAUUUUUAAUUUAGAUGUUUAUGAAAAGAAUUUCUGGAAAAAUGCUGCUUAUAUCAUAUACAAAAUGAAUUUGGUGGCCACCACUAAGAUUGCUUUGCUGGCUGGUCAUUGUUAAUAAAAAUUCAGAUCAGAGGACUGGAAACUAGCUCAUUGCUCAUAGGACAGAAGAAUUUUGGGGGAAAAUAGCAAAUGGCAUCUGCGUGGCUUGCAGGAAUGGAUUGCCAUGCUUCAGGCAAUCAGAACACAGCUUUGCAGAAAUGAUACGGCCUGAUUGUUCACGUGUUCUGCUUGUGGAAAUACCACAGCAUACAUGGUUUGUAGACAGUAACUAUAAUUCUGUUGCACUAAAGUAGGUUUAAUUUUGAUUUUCAAUCCUCUGGUAUAAGGGCUAUAAAGUCAUUGAAUGUCCUCACUAGAUAAAUGACUCCGAGAUAAACCUUAAAGUGUUUUUCAUAAAUUUCUCUCUACAAUAGUAGUAGGAGUUGCUAUUCUGUGACAGCAUUCUCUUGCAUUGACUUUAUUUGUUAUGGAUGCUUUUAAAAAUGGACUUCAGUUGAAUACUCCUAUAUGGAGAUCAGUUUGUCACUGUUUAAAAACUGGAGCUAGCUGACUUCAAAUGUGACACACUCUGUACCUUGUGUACAACACACAGGGAUGCUUGGCUCUUAGGUCACAUAGGAAGAAUUUUUUAAGACAUCAUUAACAAUAUCUUAGAACAGUCAUUGUCCUAUAGGAAACUCACUGGCUAAAUUACCAGAUUUCCUUAUGUCCCUUGUUAGACAGGAAGACAUGAACCAGUGAGACAGAAUGUUUUCUCGUAGAGACCAAUACUAUACUGAUAAUUAAAACAGGAGAAUGGAAAGUGUAUUAGAAACCAGACUGAACUUACAAACCCAUCUCAUUAAUGGCUCUGAGGUGGCACUGUGUACAGUUACCAAGUGACAGGUGUUUGUACUUUGUCAAAAUACAAGUGGCUUCCGCCAAAAUGUAACAGCAAUUCACUAACUAGUAGCUCCUCUUCCUCCUCGUUCUCCUGCAAACCCAGCAGGAGGGCAGGUUCCCAGCUGGGAAUCCAAACUCGAGUCUGUCUCCCCCACGAUGAUGCUGAUCAUGACUAGACCCUGGGGGCAGCCAAGGCUUUUAGAAAAAAUGUAAUACUGGAAACAUAAGUGCUUGUUAAGAGAGAAUUUUCUCGCCCAGCAGUAGCACUACAAUCUCCACUAUAACUACACGCAUUACACCUGAUAAAAACCAUGGUAUGCUUUAAAUAGCAGUGAAACUGCAAAGCAAAGCAAGGCAUGCCAGUAAUUUCAAUACUGUCUGUAUCUGCUCUUUUCUGUUACUCGUUUCCAGCUGCCCUGGUGAACUGUAGAAUAUACAGGACCUUCAGCUUUCAUUUUUCCUACAGUGGCAGCCAUAUAUAGAGUCUCAAAUUCUUGGUCUUUCUAAAAAGUUAGCAUGCUGGUAGACAGGGCUGACCAGACAGUAGGUUGUUUAGCAGACAUCUGUCAUGUAACAUAUCUUUUACUGAGAGGCUUUUGUGUCAUUGUUACAUGGUUUGGCAGAGGGUCUCAAGUCUUAAUCUUCACGGUCUCAGGUUAAAGUCUCUAGGUUCUGGUUGUAGAUGCACAGAGUUGCUGCCUGUGAUUCCUGAGAUGCAACGUGUUGCUGUGAUUCCUUAUGGGCUUGUGGUGCCUGCUUACUCCUAAAUGCUUGGGACCUAUGGUCUGGGUAGCCGGUACAGAGCCUUUACAGGAGCUUUUAUUCCCUUACAUGGAUAUGUAUCCUGAGUCACAAUGUAGCCCUCAGUGGAAUAGCAGGAGCUGCUGUUUUCCUUCAGCCUGUUUAAAUUUCUUUAAAAAUAUAUUCUGGAAACUGUCUGAUGCCAGAUGAUGUAAGUGUGUUUUGGGUGGAGAACAUUCUGCCACUAACAUCGGUGUGUUGAGUAAUGUCCAUGUGCUGCUGCAAGUGUUAGUGCAUUUCAGGGUUAAGAUGUUUACAGCUUCAUUUCAUCGGGCCAGACUCUUGGCAAGUGAUCCUAUUGAAGCCAACUUCUUUGUAAAUAAUGGUGGCAGAAUUUAGGGCUUAAUGAGAACUUUGAAACCAUGCUAAAGAGCUAGUACAACAGUGACGCAGAAGGAAGUCCAUGACCUGAAAUAACUUGCCUGUCAUUGUGCCACUAACUAUGUGCACUUUCAUGCACUAGGAUAAAACAGAGGCCUUGCUCUUGUACCUGGAUCUGCACAGAUGGAUCUCUGUGCCUGCGUCUAGCCCCUUUGGCUUCAGGGGGCCUGCACAGAUCCAGUUGCAGCAUUAGAGCUAAAUGAGGACAGCAGAAUGUGACCCAAACUGUUAACCCAUCUUUAAAGCAUACAAUGCUGUACUAAAAUAUUCUGAGAGCAGUAGCAGGCCAGUAUUCCAGUGAAAACAGAUUCUCUUUUAAACCAUGGGUAGUCAGUUUUAAAUUAGUCUUGGGACAUUCUUUCCCCUUUUGACAUUUAUUAAAUUAAUCUUAAGUAUCCCUGUGUAUGAAAGGGACACUGUCAAGGUUAGUACAGUAAACAAAGAAAUUUGAACUACCCUUUUCCCUAAUCUAUUUGCAAACUUCAUGAAAUUCUUUACAUGCAUUUUUUUCUGUAGCUAACGGUCUGAUGUUCCUCCAGGUUUUCUACAGACUUCACAAGUAGCUGAGGAUUUAUUAGUAACCCUACAAUAAUAAACUAGUAUGUUUAUCGGAUGACUUAUAUAUUUUUGUAAGUAAACAGAUUUUGUGUCUACCAUUGAAGCGGCUGUUAUAAACUGCAAGGAACAAGGGUCUGAUAGUUAUCACAAUAGAGGCAAAGAGAAAAUGCAUCAGAAGAUACAUUCUUUGACAGUUCUUUUAAAAUACAACUUCAAAGUCUGAAUCAUGGUGGAGGUUUGUACUUCAGUUCUUUUAAAUUUGAAACCUUUAUUUUUGUAAAAAUUGCUUUUAAAAAGGGGAAUUAUUCUGGAUUAUUUGUAUAGAUUUUGUUAUGCAGAGGUUGAUGGUGACAUUUUAUAAUUGCUUUUAACACAGAGUGUGUGGGGUCUGCAUUUCUACAGUGUUCUAUCAUAUUAUUGCUACAGCUCAGACUCACCUUCUGAAGCUCUCAAAGUUUUGAAGAGUCUGGUCUUGCACAUGUAACUCCAUUAAAGUUCUGUGCAUAGGACUGGACCCUUACCUUGGCUUGUAGCUACAGUGUGUCCCCAGCUCACUGUGCCUCUCAGAUCAUGGCCCAUUUAGAUGCUGCUGUGUGCUUUAUCCAUUGAAAGAUGCAAGGAACACUUCCAUGUUUUCUACAGCAUUUACUUGAGCAUGUAUGUGAAGAAUUUUCUCUGUCAUCCUAUGUAAAGAUAUAACUUUAGCACACCUGCUCUUUAAAUUUAAAAAAUGUUAUUUUACAUUUUAUAUUAAAGUGUGAAAUUUCUACAUAUGCGGGUUUUGUUUGGUCCUUUCAGCUCAUGUAAGAACAAGUAUAUUGGAAAUGUUAAAUAUCAGUAACUUGUCUCUGAUAUCAGAGGGGUAGCCGUGUUAGUCUGGAUCUGUAAAAGCAGCAAAGAAUCCUGUGGCACCUUAUAAACUAACAGAUGUUUGUUAGUCUAUAAGGUGCCACAGGAUUCUUUGCUGCUUGUCUCUGAUGUGAUGAGAAUUACAGAAAUGAUCAUUCUUGGUGUCUGUCUUAUAGCAAUACAUGUUUUUUGGUAAUAAAUUACU